ACUACUGUGAAGCAUGGUACGUUUGUCAGUUCUGUCACGCAAAGUAUAAUGCUAUAAAGCAAUCAAUUGUUCCUCAAAUUCUUCGAUCGAUUACCCGCCCCAAAGAGUAAAAGAAGGACAACAAAGACCAGCAGCAGACUAUUGCUUGUUUUUAAUUGAAUUACGUAAACUUUGUCUGCUGGUACCUGAAGCCUAAAUCUUUAUGAAAGCUUUAAACGAUUUCAUAGCGGGAUGGUUUGGAGGUUGCGCAGGUGUGGUAGUAGGUCAGCCAUUGGACACAGUCAAGGUCAGAAUGCAAGCUGCUUAUGGAAAAGGCAAAGCUACAAAGACACUCGACUUCAAGACAGUUUUUUCUAGUACUAUCAAGAAUGAAUCUGUUUCAGGGUUAUUCAAAGGAAUGGUUCCUCCACUCACUGCUGUUGCCAUUCAAAAUGCCAUUCUCUUCGGGAUUUAUGGUAACACCCUCAAGCUUUUCAAGAGCCAAUCAGAUGGAAGUUAUUUUGCUGGGUCAUUGGCUGGGCUAGCACAGUGCUUUAUAAUUUGUCCACUAGAUCUUGUUAAAGUCAAACUUCAAAUGCAAACUGAAGCAAAGAGAGUAAGCAGUUUAUACCGAGGCUCACUAGACUGUCUUCAAAAGAUCUUUAAAGCUCGAGGGCUUGCCGGAUGCUUUCAAGGCUUUUCGGUCGUACUCCUCCGCGAUGUUCCAGGAUUUGGGGUCUAUUUUGGUACCUAUGAGUUAUUUACGCAUUGGUUGUCCAAAAUAACGUCACAAAGUAGCGUACUAGUGCCUCUGAUAGCCGGGGGUCUCUCCGGGGUCGUGUCUUGGGUAUCUACUUUUCCGCUUGACGUCAUCAAGUCACGUGUUCAAGCUGAUGGUAACCGUGGUAACUACAGGUAUUCUGGAUUUGUGGAUUGUGCGGUAAAGAGUUACCGUUCAGAAGGAUUGGUUGUAUUCACACGAGGGCUUUUGCCGACCAUUUUAAGAGCGUUCCCUACAAAUGCCGCAAUUUUCUACGUUCAUGGUCUUGUACUAAAGAUUUUGCACAAAAAGGACCAAAUUCCUUCUGAUAUUUCUCUAGUGGAAGAACAGUAAUACUAAUUUCAAAGAAAAUACCAGCGUCCCAUUGAUCGUUAAUAUCGUUAUCAUUAUUCAGUGCAUGACAAAUGUUUAUAUGUGGUCUCAGUAUUUUGGACUGAAGGGUUUUCUAUGGUUAUUUUAAUGAACCGAGAAAGAGAAAAACAAUAGCAGUGAAGAAUGGUCAAACUAGCAAGAAUUGACGUCAUCACGAUGAGCGCGCGCUCACUAAAUCCAUGAGAAAGGAUGAAGAAAUAAUAAAUAAAGAUGAAGAUAUAAGAAAUAAAUAUUAUUAUCAUAAGAA